AUGUCUUCAAUGGGCAAUCAUCAGUCAUCAAGCUCAAAGUCAUUGUCAGAAGACUAUCAUGAGAGUUACGAGCGCCAGGGUUGUUCACACGACUACAGCAAUGAGAUUAACAGGACAGUUACCGAGUCAAUGCUUGCACCGGAUAUUAUAAUGGAGGUUUUAAGUCGAGUAGAUUCGCCGAAAUUUUUAAUAACCUCAUGCUAUCUGGUUUGUCGUCGGUGGUUUGAAACACUUUCAACACCAUAUUUUUGGAAAAUUUAUCAGAAAAGGCAGUUUGGGUAUAAUGCAGUAAUAUCAGGGGAAGUUAAUGAACAUUUUGUGCUAACGGAAUUCGGAGUCUUUAGUAAGUUUGGAAAAAACUUAAUUGCUAAUCCGAGUGGGCAAGAUGGAUUCAACAAUUGGGAAAUAACCAGCGACGGUGGAGACAGGUUUAUUAUUGAAUCUCCACCAGUAAACUGUCGUCCCAUGAAUGGAAUAACCACUGCAUUUGCGACUAGCACAACUUGUUUAAUGCUGAUUCUUUUAAAACAACUUGAAGAAGAAGUCUGUGAGAAUAGCCUUUGA